AUGUCUGGAUAUUAUCCUCCCCCGGGCCACAACAUCCCGCCUCACUACUACCACGUGGACCCCUCGUCAAUCCCCAGAGCCAACAUUCACCAUGCUGCACCCUCGUCCAUGGCUGCCCAUGCUUCCUACGCACCAACAUUGCCAGAGAAUCCUUUUCGUCCUGGCGUGCCUCCCUCCUUCCUGUCGUUUGCAGACCCUCCUGCUGGGCAGUCCAGCUACAUGGACCAGUACGAGGAUGGGUCUGGCGCCAUGGGCUCAGUGCCAGGGAGUGGGCGCGCGCGUCGGCGCCUGGUCCCAGGUGAGCCGGUAAAGCACCGCAGAACGAGGAGUGGCUGCUUCACAUGCAGGCAACGCAGAGUCAAGUGUGACGAGAACCAUCCGACCUGUGAGCGAUGCCGCAAGGGAAACCGAGAGUGCAAGUAUCCAGAUUCUCAAUCUGGUCAAAAGACGUCGCGCAGUGGGUCCCGGCCGGGAAAAUCAUCCUCUGCGGACGAUGCUUCGUCACCGGAGGACCAUGACCAGGACGGAGGGGACCGUCUUCCGCCCAUUCACGACGACGACGAAUACGACGACGACGAUGUUGAUUUCGACGACGAUGCAGCGUCCAAAAGUCAGGAUCUGCGAGACUCGUCACACACGCCCCGCUCGAUCCUCGAUCCGAGCACGUCACCGUCGACAGAGGCCUCUUCGACGGUUCCACCGACUGUGCGUCCACCACUAUCUCGCAAAGGCAGUGCGCAAGCUGCCAAACCUUGUACGGCUACCAAGCCUGGCUCAGCCAUGGCUCGUGAUCUCCAGUUCUACCUGAACUACUUCCAGACGCACAUCACGGUCCACCAUUAUUCCCUCAAACGCGAUGCACACAACUUCUUCAAGGGCGAUUUCCUGUCUCGCGCGAUGAAGUUUGAGCCUCUGAAAUACGCAGUCGCCGGCUAUGCAGCCUACUUCCACACCCUCUCCCAACCAGACGGUCGCAUGUCCAAUUUCCUCCAGUUCUACAAUGAAUCCGUCUCCCGAUUGCGAGUUUCCAUCACCAAGAAUAAGAAACAAGGCCUUCCCACUUUCCUCACCAUUCUCCAGCUCGCAAGUAUCGAGGAAUUGCUGGGCGAUUGGGUGAAUCUGAUGGGUCAUCACAAGGCCGCCUUUGAGAUGCUCACCCGGUUGUAUACGCCACAAAGCAUGACAGAAUCCGACUUUCUACUCAAGGUCAUUCUCUGGUACACGCGUUUCGACCUCUUUGUAGGCUUUCAGUCUGGCGGAGAAGCAGUCCUUGGCCGAGAGUGGUAUGUAGCAGUACAUGACUGCUAUGUGAGAAAGGUUGCGGAAAAUCCCGACGACGUUGGCAUGCAGUAUGAGGAACGCCUCGCGCAUUCACGUUUGGUUGCCAAGGACUCGAAUGACUUGUUUGCCCGUGCUGGCAAGGGUCUCAUCACCCCUCAAGACUUUAUGCAUCAGCUACCGAUAUUGCGAGAGCAAGUGGAAAGCUUGCAGGAUGGCUUGGGGCCGGCUCUUGUGAACCCUGCCCACAAGGUCCAUCGCAUACCAGGAGAGGCCGAUCCUGCGGAUAUUGUCGACCCCUAUGAGCCAGAUUUGAUUUGGGGUGAGCCGUUAUGGACGUCCAAUUACCUCUUCUUGGACACAUGGGGGAUCAUCUUCAUGUUCAAUAUAUCCUCGUCCAUGGCCCUGAAACAACCGCCCAGUCCAGAAGUCACCAAAACCGCCUAUCGGGCAAUACAGCUCUUCGAGGCCAUGUGUGCGUACCCCGACGCCCCACCAGGUACACUAGUGGAGGCGCAAGUUUGUUUUGCUAUUGCAACCCUUUUCUUGCCCAAGGAUGCAAAGACGGUGUCUUGGUGCCGCAAAACUUUUGCCAAGAUUGAAGCUGCUGGGUACAUUUACUCAGACGUCCUCCGGAACCGUAUGCUCGAAUCAAUGGGCAUUGGGCCUUCUGACUGGUGGCUACCGAAUGAUGAAGGUUGUCCGCCCAUUAUUCGGUCGAUCAAAGACUUCAUCAGAGACAGAAGUCAGGCACCGAAAGAUCAGGUCUCUGACGACUUGCGCGAGAUGAGGGGCAUCUUCAGUUCCAUGACCAUCAGCGACUCUCCUCCGUCAGACAAUAUGACAGUGACGAGCGCGGAUGGCCUAGGUAAUGCGAGUGUAAAGGAAAACGACAUGUACGGAUCUCCUGCGUGGAAUUCGGGGCAUGGAACCGAUGGCAAGCGACCAGAGGCGGAAGCGUACGGAUCGGGAUUCCAAUGA